UAGAUAGAUAGAUAGAUAGAUAGAUAGAUAGAUAGAUAUUGGCCCAAAGUCAACUAGCGAACUUUCAUUCCUAAGGGGGGGACUAAAACUCAGCCUCCUAGUCUCUAGCCAGGUGCCUUAACCACUAUAGGUAGUCCUUGACUUGCAACCAUUUGUUUAGCAACCAUUCAGAAUUACGACAUUAAAAAAGAGAGUGACAACUAGUUCUUGCACUUACAACAUCGCUGUGCAUUGUUACAGCAUCUCCACAGUCACAUGAUCAGAAUUGGGGAGCAUGGCAACCGGCAUAUAUUUUCCACGAUUGCAGCGUCUCGAAGUCAUGUCAUUCCCAUUUGUGACCGUCCCAGCUGGUUUCUGAGAAGCAAAGUGAUUAAUUUAACAAUCAUGGCGAAAAAGAUCUUUGCACCAUGCCAGUAACCCGCUCAAAAUCGGUGGGCAACACCAGUGCCCUGACCUCUCCCUUGGGAAUUGUUCGCCUCCUGGAAGCCAUUUUCACCUGUGUGGCCUUCAGCUUGGUGGCCAGCCGGAACGCCUGGGACCACCGCAAUGGGGACUGGUGCAUGUUCUCCUGGUGCUUCUGCUUUGCCAUCACCAUCGUCAUCUUGGUGGUCGAGUUUGCUGGCCUUCAGCAUCGCAUGCCGGUCUCUUGGAAGAACUUCCCCAUCACGUUCGCCAUGUAUGCCACCCUAAUGUGUCUCUCGGCUUCCAUCAUUUACCCGGUCUUCUUCAUUUCGAAACGGAGUCUUAGUAGCGAUGAGCGGGGAUAUCGCGUUGCCGCCACUGUGUUUUCUUGCCUAGCCUGCCUGUCUUACCUCAGUGAGGUCAGCUUAACCAAAGCUAAGCCAGGAGAAGUGACUGGCUACAUGGCAACAGUCCCAGGGCUGCUGAAGGUGGUGGAGACUUUUACUGCCUGCAUCAUCUUUGUCUUCAUAAGCGACCCACCUACUUAUGACCACCCAGACGCUCUUAAGUGGUGUAUGGCGGUCUACUGCAUUUGCUUCAUCCUCUCCCUUGUGGUGAUCAUCCUCUGCAUUGGCGAAUGCACUGGCUGGUUGCCGUGUCCAUUCAACAAAUUCCUCAGCGGCUACACUUUAUUGGCUGUGCUCAUGUAUGCCACCGCCACAAUCAUUUGGCCUCUCUACAAGUUUGACCGAAAACAUGGGGGGGUUCCAUCUCGAAACUGUGGUAGUCGUGACGACUUCUGUAUAUGGGACAAGAAUGUUGCCGUAGCAGUUCUAACUGCUAUCAAUCUGCUGAUAUACCUGGCAGAUCUGGUGUAUUCUGCACGGCUGAUAUUCAUCCAGGGGUAGACCGUGGCUGGCAGUAAGGAGAAUCAAGGCAGUGGUGUCCAAAAGAAGGGAAGUGGAAAGAGAAGAAGGGGUCAUGCUUUUCUCUCUUUUGCUCUGAUUUUUUCCUUUCUUCUGUCUCUGUCCUCUGCCUGCCGUCUCGGACUAAUUCAUCCUCUUUUUCUCUCCUGCCUUCUCAGUUACCUUGUUUUUAGCCUAGAUUUAUGCUCUGUGCUUGCCACACAACAAUUCUUUUCCUCUCUCCAUCCUGAGCUUAUUGCACAUAAUAGCCAAAUGAUAAUUUGUUGUAUGCAGAGCUUGGGAUGGCUCAUAAAUGCUUCUGCCCCAAACAUCUUUGGCUAUUCCCAUGCAUGUAUCUUUGCCAGUAUAGUUUGUCAUAUUCCGAGGCAUGAGGAGCUAUUAAAGGUGGUGUUGGUUGGAAUUGCAGAUGCCUGUCGAGGGGGGGGGGGAGCAGAGAGAGAGAGAGAGGGUAUAUACUAUCCUUGAUGGGGAGACUCCAGGAUGCAGGUUGUCCUCGACUUACAACAGUUCAUUUAGUGACCGUUGAAAGUUAUAACAACAGCCCUGGAAAAAGUGAUUUA